AUGAUGUUGCUGCGACGACUGUUUUUUAUGGCAUUGCUUUGGAGUGUUGCCUGUGUGUGCGUGGCGGGUGAAGAUAAUGAAGAGGAAGAAAGUCUACUUUCCGAUGUUGGUGAUUGUCGUGAUCCAGGCAAUACUGUUUCGAAGUGUAAACCUAACCCCAAGCAAACUGAAGAUUCUCCUGAGUGUAAGGAACAUUCUGACAGGGAGAAUUGCCUUACCAGCGGUGAUGAAAGUGAAGAAAAUUGCCGUGAAGAUUCUAAACCUCUUUGUCCACCAAAGGAACCAGCUCCAACUACACCAAAGGGAGCUGAUCCAUCUAGUGGACUGCCUGGUCCUGCUGGUACAGAAGGUCCUCAUGGUCUGCCUUCUUCUUCUGAUGACGACUCUGGCAAAGAUGGUGGUGAUGGACCUCAUGCACCAGCAGGAAAACCACCAUUAUCAGCAAAACCACAAGUUAGAGAUGGAGAAAAACGAAGUACUGAUGCGGAUAGAGAGUUGGCAGAAAAAGAGAAGGAACAUCCACAAUCUCGGAAUCCCACAGAUGAUUCUUUAGUAGAGACCACAGAAGUCGUCAAUCAUACACCCACUCCAGGAUCUCAUCCUUCUAAAGAACAAGGCGACUCCACUCAUCUCCCAUCUCAAGAUGUUCCAUCAGGUGUAGAUAGGGGCAGAGGGCACUCUGACAGUGAACCACCAACAGUAAGCCCUGGUAACUCAGAAAACCCCAAUGGUACGGAUAAUGAACAAACACCUGGAAACGAACAGAGUAUUCAGAGGGGUAAUGGUACACAAGGCACAAGUGAUGCGCAGGGCAAUACACAACCACAAGAAGCUACAAUCACACAACCUUAUUCUCCUUCUGACACUUCCAGCAGUUCUGUUACAGAGAAUACCGGCGAAACAUCUUCUGAGAGUGAUGCCUCCGGUUCACAGAAUGAG